UUUGCAGUGUGUUGUUCGAGUUGUUUUACCUGACAGCUCAAAAGUUUCUUAUUGUAUUUUAUUUAUAUUUUUGUUGUUAUUAGUGGCAGUGAAAUACGAAUUAUUGUGUAAUCAGUGUGAUAUAAAAAUUAAUAGUUCACGUUUUUAGAGCAAGAUGCCAUCUCUCCGGAUAGACCAGAGUGACUUGAAGUGCAAGAAUGGCUGUGAUUAUUUCGGUAAUCCUCAAUGGCAAGGGUACUGCUCGAAAUGUCACCGAGAACAACUGCAGAGGCAGAGGAGAGCAGAAAAAGCAUCGUCAGCUACCCUCCCAAAACCAGAACAGAAGAAACCAGAUAGGGGAAUAAAGUUAGCUUCACACUCGUCUUUUUCAAAAUUCGAGGAAAAACGACUUAGACAGAGCGAGACGCUUAAAAAAGCUAAUUUAUUAAAGUUUAGCGUUUUUAAAAAGAGCAACACUGAUGAACACGAUCACACACCGGAAAGAAAACCGCCGGAAUUCAAAAUACCGGCGCAAGUAAAUGAGGGUAUGAAGCGCGAGUUCCGGGUGCGCUUCUCGAACCUUCCUCCGCAAGUGGACCGCGACGCGAGAGUGUUCGUGCAUAGCUUCGUGAUGGACGUCAUCAAGUGUUCCAACGUGAUGACUGUUGAUGAACUGUCGGACAGAGUGCAGAGGCAUUAUCAGCACUUCAUGAAGUACAUGGACACGUCGCCCCACUUCGCGAACGCCGAGUCCGAGAUCAAGGAGCAGCUCAUCGACUUCGUGGAGAAGCACGCCAUGACAUAUUUACAUGACCUGCCAGGUGUGGUGUUCUCACCAGCGGGGACGGAUGAUGAACGGCUGGAUCGCGCCAUGUCUGAGCGUAUCCAGCAACUGAGCUGGGUGGGCGAGAAACAUUUGGAGUGUCGCCUCGACCGCUCAGAUACUCGUACUGGGCAGUUGCUCUACAAGGCCAUCAGCGAGCUGCUGGCAGUGGACGGCGCGCCGGGCCCGGGCGGCAAGCUGGCGCGCGUGCGGCGCGCGUGCCGGCACGUGCUGGCGCUGUGCGGCGCGCCCGCCUCCGCCGACGACCUGCUGCCCGCGCUCAUCUUCACCGUCCUAAAAGCGAAUCCGCCGCGUCUCGUUAGUAACAUCAAUUUCGUAACCCGGUUCUGUAACGCGCAGCGUCUGAUGACCGGCGAAGGCGGGUACUACUUCACUAAUCUGUGUUGUGCGGUAUCCUUCAUAGAAAAUUUAACAGCUGAAUCUCUAAAUAUGGAUAAAAAGGAGUUCGAUUGUUAUAUGGCGAUGCCCGCUUCGAUCGGCGGUAGUACAUGGGCGGCGGCGCUGUCGCUGUGCGGCGCGGCGCGCGAGGCGGAGGAGCAGCGGCUGGCGGCCGAGCGGCUCGCGGCCGAGCUGCGGGGCCUGCGCGCCCGGGCCGCGCGCCUGGCCGCCGGCGCAGAGACCUUCGAGAAAGAAAUAACGCAUAAAGUACACGACGUAUUGGCGAAAACGCCCUUGGAGAUAAAGCCGCGUCGAGAACCUCCGAAACUCAGUUCACUGAGAAAUUCCACAGUACCUUUAAUCGACUUCGAGACCCCGGUACAAACACCCGUCCAGACCAAACCGCCAGAAGAAAUUCCACAAAUACAAAUACCAGUAAUAAAUCCUGUUGAAGAACCAACUGCAGUAACUUCUGAUGAGGCAGACGGAGAAAUCACUCAGAACAUUAUUGACUUCCAGUCUUUGGACAAACCAUCACCUCCAAAGUCCCCACAAAAUCAGCCGUGGGAAUUAAAACAGACUGGUUCAUUUGAGCUUCUCACCCCAUCACCGCUUGGGUUUACCCCGUUUGACUCAAGAUCUAUAGACGAAUUAAUGACACCAGAUGAAUUUGGUUCAGAUCAUUUAGCCCCUGGUCUAAGUAACAUUAAUUAUGAUAUAGAUCUGUCCGAUUUCAGCGGAGACAAUAGUUUGGCUGAAGACACACCCAAGGAACCGAAAGAUCCCUUCAGUCCAGACGGGAUUAAGAAGGAACCAAUGUUUGAUCCAUUCCAGCCGCAGACGAGCCAAAGUCAAUAUAACACGGUUCUAGAAAAAUUUGAUGAAUUUAGUUUAGUUGAUACGAAGACAAAUGAAACAUCAGAAGCAUUUGAAGUCGUUCACAGAACACAGGUAUCUAAUGCAGUCGAUUUUAGGCCAAACACAGAACCAGAGUGCACGGAUCCAUUUAGUCCUGUGCAAAAAGAAGCAUCUAUUUUAGAUGACGGCGGUUCUCCAACUGCCGCCUGCCUCCUACCAACACCUUUGCUGCCACAGACUAGCAAGCUACCAUAGAAAUGUAACCUUAUCACUCUAUGGUGUUUUGCAUUAUCAUUUACUGUAUAUAAAUUGUUAUAUUAGGUGUCAUUAACAUAAUUGUUGUGAAUGUUAUUUAUUUUAAAAGAAAUCAAUGAAAUAUAUUUAAAAUUAAAUAAGCUCUCCUAUAUGUAAAUUAAUUUUUCAAAUCUUAAGUCUGUACUGACAUGAAGGCCAAAAUUAAACUUAUUGGAAAAGUGUUAACUAUAAAACUUUAUCAAAUUGUAAUACCUGACAAUUGUCAAGUAAGUAUCACAAAAUGAAAUCAUAAAUGUCCCAGAUCACUAUGCUUUUUAAAAGCUACUAAGUUUGUGUCAAAGAAACAAUAAACUACUUAAUAAAUACGUA